AGAGGCGGCGGCGCGGAAGCAGCGUGGCGCGCGGGGCCGGGCCGUGCCGAGUCGUGAGGGGCAGUGGCGGCCGCUGCAGGAUGCCGAGCGCCGGCGGCCGCGGCCAGGGCCAGGACCGCCGCCCGGAGAGCGACGACUCGUCGCCGGCUGAUGAUUAUGCUAAGGAAAGAUAUGGAGUGUCAUCAAUGAUACAAUCCCAAGAUAAACCAGAUAGAGCUUUGAUUCGUAUAAAAGAUUUGACAGUGGAGAAGGCUGAUGAAGUGGUUUGGGUUCGUGGCAGAAUUCAUACAAGCAGAGCUAAAGGGAAGCAGUGUUUCUUAGUCCUGCGUCAGCAGCAGUUUAAUAUCCAGGCUCUUGUGGCUGUGGGACAGCAUGCAAGCAAGCAGAUGGUAAAGUUUGCUGCCAACAUCAACAAAGAGAGCAUUGUGGAUGUAGAAGGCGUUGUGAGGAAAGCAUAUCAGAAAAUCGGAGGCUGUACUCAGCAAGAUGUUGAGCUUCAUGUUCAAAGGAUCUAUGUGAUCAGUUUAGCUGAACCCCGACUGCCCUUACAGCUGGAUGAUGCUGUUCGGCCAGAAGUGGAAGGAGAGGAGGAUGCAAGAGCUACUGUAAACCAAGAUACAAGACUGGACAACAGAGUAAUUGAUCUGAGGACCUCCACUAGUCAGGCAAUCUUCUGCCUUCAGUCGGGUAUUUGUCAGCUUUUCCGAGAAACUCUUAUUCGCAAGGGAUUUGUGGAAAUUCAGACUCCCAAAAUCAUUUCAGCUGCCAGUGAAGGAGGAGCCAAUGUGUUUACUGUAUCAUACUUCAAAAGCAGUGCCUACCUAGCUCAGUCCCCACAGCUGUACAAGCAGAUGUGUAUAUGUGCUGACUUUGAAAAGGUUUUUUGCGUUGGGCCAGUAUUUAGAGCUGAGGACUCCAAUACACACAGACACCUGACUGAGUUUGUUGGUCUGGAUAUCGAAAUGGCUUUUAACUACCACUAUCAUGAAGUGGUAGAUGAGAUUGCAGAUACCUUGGUGCAGAUAUUCAAGGGACUUCAGGAAAGAUUCCAAACGGAAAUUCAGACAGUGAACAAACAGUUCCCAUGUGAGCCAUUUAAAUUUUUGGAGCCAACUCUGAGGCUGGAAUACCGUGAAGCUGUGGCCAUGCUAAGAGAGGCUGGGGUUGAGAUGGGUGAUGAAGAAGAUCUGAGCACACCUAAUGAAAAGCUCCUGGGACGCCUGGUAAAGGAAAAGUAUGACACAGACUUCUAUAUUCUUGACAAAUACCCUCUUGCUGUGAGGCCCUUUUAUACAAUGCCAGACCCAGUAAAUCCUAAAAGCUCUAACUCUUAUGAUAUGUUCAUGAGAGGGGAAGAGAUCUUGUCUGGAGCUCAGAGAAUUCACGAUCCUCAGCUGCUGACAGAAAGAGCCCAGCAUCACGGCAUUGAUUUGGAGAAGAUAAAGGCGUAUAUCGAUUCCUUUCGUUUUGGUGCACCUCCACACGCAGGUGGUGGAAUAGGGCUGGAAAGAGUAACCAUGCUGUACCUAGGGCUGCAUAAUGUUCGUCAGACCUCCAUGUUCCCACGGGAUCCCAAACGGCUGACACCCUGACAUGAGCAACUUUUGAAACAAGUUUGAGAUGAUUUGCCCUGCAAGUAUGAUAUGAUUGCAAGCAUAUCCCCUGCUCCUGAUGAACCUGUAUCGAUUUGAGUGUUAAAAUAUGCAAUAAAAAAAAGAGCAUCUCAUUUA